AUGGGGGACGUCCAUGAGGGCCCGCGGAAGCGCAUCGCCACCGCGCACCUGGCGCAGCACAUCGGGCAGCCUGUCUGCUUCGUGGGCCGCCUGGAGAAGAUUCAUCCGAAUGGGAAGCUUUUCGUGCUUUCAGAUGGAGAAGGGAAACAUACAACUGUGGAGCUGAGCGAACCUCUAGACGAAGAGAUCUCAGGAGUUAUUGAAGUAGUAGGAAGAGUAACAAAUCAGGCAACCAUCAUGUGCAUGUCAUACGUCCAGUUCAGAGAGGAUAAGAGCCCAUUUGAUCUGGAGCUCUACAAUGAAGCAAUAAAAAUUAUUCAUGAAUUCCAUGAAUAUUUCCCAUUUGGCACUGAGAAGAGCAAUUGAUUUUUCUUAGCACACAUUUAGAGCUUCAGAGAGGACAGCACCACUGCAACUUUCUUGGCUGGCAACAGGAAAACAGGUGCCUUUAUUUCCACCAGACAGAGUGAGAAGCUGCUGCUAGGUGUGCCAUGGAUUGCCAGUGAAGAAUGUUCUCUUUGGCAAUGUAGUCAGGCAAGGAGAAGAACAUUUCUGUGGGUAUCUCACUGUCUGUAUAUAUUUAACUUUUUCUUCCCUUAAUCUGUUUUGAUAGAAACUUCUUGAACGUGGAGGGGCAUUUUGCAUUUGGAGAAUGGUCUCAAAUAAAAACCAUCUGACUACA